AUGACGUUCGACACACAUUGUUAUCUAACAAGCAAUCCAGGAGAACUGCAAUCUCUUGCCGCCGAGCUUGCAGAACGCGAUCAUGCCGACAAGGACUACUACCAUGUAAGAAUCUUUCUACUCCAACCUCUUAUAUCGACAGAGGUUAGGGAGACAUGCCGCGAUCCCGAGUCUGGGUGGGUCAUUGAUGGAAACCAGGAGCGCCUGCAUCGAGGCGACUACGAGCGUUUGAACAUUGCUCCGCUAGGUCAGGCGUGGCGGAAAGUAUGGAAGUCUCUUCCACCAUCUCUUCUCAUGCGAUGCAAGAUCGAGUUCAGAUUAGACCUACCUCAGGAUCUUGAUGGACAAAACAGACAGGAUCCCUGGUCCGUCUUCUUUGAGGAAGGGAAUAUCAAGGUCGGUGUGGAUCCUCAGCAGGUUUUUAGGCUUUUCAUGGGGAUGGCGACUGUGGCGAGUGUCAGGACGAGGAAAAUAAGAGCGAGCACAGGCUUCGAGAUUACUUGCGGCACAAUGGGUAUACUUGACGGCAAAAUGUUGAAAAAGUGGCAGACGGCUUUGAAUGCGCUCUUUACAGAGAGGCCAGCGACGAUGCAGCCAACUGAGCUCCACGAUGAGAAGCUCAUGGUUGAUGGCUGA